UGUAGAGUCUGCAGUGUGCUGCCAGUCUGUGAGCUGGAGAGACACUCAGAUGACACACACAAGAGAAAUCUUCAAAUACAAACUUUGUUGCAGCUUCUUCUGUUUUUCCAACUGUGGAUGCGAGGCGGGUUAUUUACACAGACAGCUGCAAUGCUUGCAUUCUACCUCUUGACUCUUGCUGCCACCAUCGCAGCCCACAACCAGCUGUUGCCAGGCUCCUGCAACUUUGAAUCCAACACCUGCGAAUACACGUCAGAUGCAGACUUUGCGAGCUGGACCCUGCAUAAAGAUGGGCAUUUUAUCGCAGUCGACACAGUUAUGAAAGAUGACCAGGACGAUGACAUAGGUACAAGUGACAGAACGCAGAGAGGGAUCACAGGGGUCCUGCUGAGUCCAGCUCUGGAGCAGGGGGAGUGGAGCUGCCUGAGGCUUGUCUACCAGAUCAUAGGGUCAGGAAGCCUGGAGGUCCUGCAACGCACGGAGGGAAAAAGCUUUGACAGGCCACUUUGGAGCAGCCAGACACCCUCUGAAAGCUGGGUUAUCGCAAGCCUGGACCUGCAGAACAAUACCGAGCCUUCCAGGGUUGUCAUUGAAGGUAAACCUGGGCGGAGCGCUGGGAGCAGCGUGGCCAUCUUUGAGAUCCACAUUAGCUCCGGAUACUGCAUGGACUGUGAUUUUGAGGAGUCUCAUCUGUGUGGAUACAGUAAUCAGUGGAAUGCCAAUGUAAACUGGUAUGUGGGAGGAGGUGGGGUCAAGCUCCUUCACAGCAUGCCAAAUGACCACACAUACAACAAUAAGACAGGUCAGUUCAUGUAUGUGGACUCAAUAUAUGCCAAGACUUUCAAAGAAGUGGCCAAACUGGUGUCUCCUAUGACGAUGGUGCCAAUGUCCGGCUGCCUGAGUUUUCAGUACCAGCGAAGCGAGGAGAGAGGGAACCUGUUCUCUGUUUUCACCCGGGACCGACUGGGCCAGUACCAGGAGCUAUGGAGGGCAGGGUCAGAAAACCAGAGUGAUUGGAGCAAGACGCUUGAAGAGUGGAUACCUGUGCAGGUGGACCUGAAGGCACCAUACUCUGUACAGAUGGUCUUUGAAGUGGCGUUUAACAGUCCAAGAGGCGGACGAGUUGCACUUGAUGACAUUUCCUUUUCUCCCGUGUUUUGCAGCAUGGACACUGAGCCGACCUUCGACCCGUCCAUCGCCAGCUGUGAUUUUGAGUCAGGUUUCUGCCACUACACCCAGGAGCAGGUGAUGGGGUCGUCGUGGAGGAGAGUGUCGGUGAAGCCCAACAUAUUCAGGAAUGGAGACCACACCACAGGGACAGGGUCUUUCCUGUUGGCUCACUCCUGGUUGAGCCCACACUCCAGCUACCUUAGUCGCCUGAUCAGUCCCACUCUGCCUGGAAACAUGAAGUACUGCCUGAGAUUUUACUUCUCUCUGAGGGGUUUCAACCAGACGGACCAGGCUCUGGGUUUAUAUCUGGAGCAGCAGCAGAGCAGCAGCCAGGAGAAGAUCUGGACUCAGGGGGAGAAGUCCAGAGGAAUCUGGAUGGAGACCGAAGUCACCUUCCAAACAUCACAGCCUGCCAAGGUGGUUUUCAUUAGCACCUGCAGGAGCUUCUGGGACUGCGGCUCUGUGGCUCUGGAUGACAUCACUUUGAGCCUGGGAGACUGUGAGCUGACGGCAGGUUUGUUGUCAUCCCCUCUGCCAGGACAGUGUGACUUUGAAGCAGGCCUGUGUGGUUACACUCAGGACAAGCAUACCGAUGCCGCUGACUGGGAGUGGAGGAGAGGAUCCACCCCGACCUCGUACACCGGGCCCUCAGGGGACCACACCACGGGACUCGGAUACUACGUGCACAUGGAGGCGUCAACCUUGCUGCCCGGUCAGAGUGUCCGGCUGCUUUCCCGCCCUCUGAGGGGCUCCAGGGGGCCUCAGUGUCUGCGCUUCUACUACCAUAUGUAUGGCUCGGGCACAGGCCAGCUCAGCGUUCAUCUCGACAAGGACGGGGAGGACGUGUUGCUGUGGCUGCGGAGUGGCGAGCAGAGCAUUGCCUGGCUGAGAGCCAGACUAGAGUAUACGUGUGACAGCCAGCAUCAGAUUGUGUUUAAAGCAACCAGGGGGUCAUCAGUAAGGAGUGACAUCGCCAUUGAUGACAUUGUCUUGGAAAGUGGACCUUGCCCAGAAAUGGAGAUUCAGGCCACCGUGGGAACCUCCAAUGAGAUCGAGUAGAAGGGAAGAGGAAAACAGCUGUGUAGGAUGCAUGAACCCUGUUUUUUUUUUGGUUUUUUUUGCACAUUGCAGGCAACUUAGUGUUGUCGACUCCUGACUCCUACAUGUCAAUCUGAACUUGUAGGAAUGAAUAUGGGUAAAAUAGGAAACUUUUCACAUAGCUCUGUUUUCAUGGAGCAACACAUAUCAAUUGUGUCAUAGUCAGCAUUUCUCUCUACACUGUAGAAACAGAGUGUGUGUUAAACUGUUUGUCUUCACAUUUAUAUGCAUUAGAUUAAUGCUCAUUGCUCAAAU